AUUGGAAAAUAUUUUUUCUACAUGGUAUCAGAGCCCUAAUUGGCUUCUGUCUUCUCCUUCUCUGUCUCGAUCGGAAUUCUCCCCCCCACUGCCGAUCGGUUCUUCUCUCGGCUACCAUGGCUGACGAAAAAUCUCCCUCCGGCAAGGUUAUUUCAACCUCCGAUACCUCUUCCUCCAACAACUCCCCUCAUCUCGCCUUCACCACUAUAUCAAAUAUCAAACUUCACAUCCCCGUGCAACUCAGUCUGUCAGAGCCAAAUUACAAAAAGUGGAGUCGAUUGUUCCGUCUCUUGAUUCUCCGGUUCAAUCUCAAAGGCUUCAUCGACGGCACCACCAUCGCCUCGUCUGCAGAUGACUCCGAAUGGUACCAAUUUGAUGCCCUAAUUCAGGGAUGGAUCUUGUCCACAAUCACGGAUGAGGUCUCCGAUCUCGUGCUCGCCAACAAUCUCUCUGCUCAUGCCUUGUGGAAGGCAAUCUACAAUCUUUUUCACGACAAUAAGCAUGCCAGGGCGAUGCAACUGGAGCAUCGUUUCCAUACAACUGUGAAAGGCAACCUCUCCAUCAACGACUAUUGCCGUCUCCUCAAGAACCUCUCAGAAUAUCUUGACGAUGUGGAUGCACCGGUAACCGAACACGCCCUCGUGCUUCAAGUUCUACAAGGCCUCCCGCAUGACUUCCGUGGUCAGACUCAGUUCAUCUAUGACAUCCUUGAACGCGCCGGCAUGACUUCGUGCAAACCAGUUUCUAUUCCUGUGGACACCCGUGGGAAGAUGUCGGCCACUGUCGAGAGAAGAUAUCUGCACGGCGGGGAUCUAAGUCGUCGCGUUUCAUGGCGGAACCCUAGGAAACCAGCGAUUCAUCCGCCGGAUUGGGAAUUAACGAGGACCGUCUUCAGUUCCGAAGGAGAUGGUGUCAAGGAGAAUAUCGGCAAACAUGGAGGAUUAGAUACAGGAUUCUCUUCUUCCCCAACCAGAUUCAAAAUUGAGGCCAAAUUCUACCGAUUUGAGAAAUCGAAGUGCGGAAGGGUUCAAAUAUGUGAAGAAGGAAGACGAAAAUCCUAUAGAUUUUGGAUCAGUUAUGAUGUUCUUCAGUGGAUUUGCAACUGUCUAGAUGGAAUAAUCCUCAACCCCACGGCUAGCCUGCGAUCUGAGGAACACAGUGAAGGUAACAAGCGAUAUUGUCUCUAUCUUGAUGCCAAUUCUUCUGGGUUUUACAUUCGAAUUCAAGAAUCGAGGAUUGAUGGUUUUACCUCAAUAGUUAUUCCUGAAGGUUCCAACAAAAGUGGUAUUAGGCUUUUUGUUGCUAAAUUAAGGCAAAUUGGUUCUUCCAUUAGAGACUCUUGUAAGUUUUUUUCAGAUUAUGAUAUUUGCCAGAACUGGAGUACGAGUCAUGAGUCGGAAUUUUCACAGCCUUCUAUUUCUAAGGCUUUGUUUGAUGUUGAUAUCCUGGUUGAUCCAGUUGUGAAUGUUGGAAAAUACAAUGGACAUCUUAAUGCUGUUCCAGGCACUGAUUUGGGUCAGCUUUCGGACUCCAUUCUUUCUACCAAACCUCAGAUGGCUAUGGUUGAAUACACUGCUUCAACUGAACUAAACAGUGCUGUGUUUUUGAAGAUACAAACUGAGGAAAAGGAUUUGGAAGGGGUUGCAAAACGAAUCGUUGAUUCUAAACGAAUGGCGAUUGAGACCAACUCUCCAGAGUAUAAGGCAAAUUUUGCUAGGUUUACGAAGAUCGCUAAAGAACGCAUGGAACCAGAUCCUCCUAUUCUUUCUUCUUUAUGUUUUUCCUUUGUUGUUUUCUUUCAACAAUUGCUAUUCAAGACUUCCCGCAACUUUUUGUCUACUCAAAUUUGGCAUGUUCUAGUUUUUUCUUCCCUAGUUGGAAUUGUUAUCAAGAUUUAUUUGUUUUGGGUUGAACAUCUGCCCUGCACUCAUUUUAUUCAAGAGUAUUAGUUUCAAUGUUGUUCUUAAAUUGUCCAAUUUGUGUUACUUCAAUCACAUAUUUUAAUAAUUUAUGAAAGGAUUGAAACUAAGAGUUUUGAAUAAUUCUGGUGGUGGUUA